GCUCAUUUGCUGCUGCCGCUGCUGCUGCUGCUGUUGCCGACGCCGCCAACGCCUCUCAUCUGAAAAUAUUAUAUCGUCAGUCAGCCUCAUUUACACGACAAAAAUUAUCUCAAAAUGUGUGGCGUAAGCGCCAUUCUGUUGGCCGACUCCAAGGCUACUACAGCCGCCAUCGACCUGCAUGAGUCUCUUUACCUGCUCCAGCACCGUGGACAGGAUGCUGCCGGUAUCGCCGUCUGCCAAGGGGGAAGGGUGUACCACUACAAGGGUAACGGCAUGGCAGCCAAGGUCUUCGCCGACGGCAGCAGCCUCCAGCACCUCCCGGGCUUUAUGGGUCUUGGACAUCUGCGGUACCCCACGAUGGGAACGUCUUCGGCCGCCGAGGCCCAGCCCUUCUACGUAAACUCCCCCUUUGGAAUCUCCAUUGCCGUCAACGGCAACCUGGUCAACACCGAGUACCUGCGCCAGUUUGUUGACAAGGAGGCUCUUCGGCACGUCAACUCCGACUCGGACUCUGAGCUGCUCUUGAACAUCUUCGCACACGGUCUCCAGAAGCUCGGAAAGACCCGUGCCGUGUCAGACGACAUUUUCACCGCCCUGGGUGACGUCUACUCAAAGUGCCAGGGAGCCUUUGCUUGCACCGCCAUGAUUGCCGGCUUUGGAAUCCUCGGUUUCAGAGACGCCAACGGAAUCCGCCCCCUUUGCAUCGGUUCUCGGCCCUCCACCACCGUCCCGGGUGGAAAGGAUUACUUCAUGGCCUCGGAAUCCGUUGCCCUGAAGCAGCUCGGCUUCGGCGAUAUCACGGACGUGCUGCCCGGACAAGCCAUUCUGAUCACCAAGGGAGGCUCCGUCGAGGUUCGCCAGAUCGUCGAGCCCAAGUCGUACACACCGGACUCCUUCGAGUUUGUCUAUCUGGCCCGUCCCGACUCCACGAUCGACGGUAUCUCUGUGUACCGCAGCCGGCAGAUGAUGGGAGAGAAGCUGGCCAAGAAGAUCAGAGAAGUCCUCGGCGAUAAGGGCAUCGACGAGAUUGAUGCGAUUAUCCCAGUUCCCGAGACGAGCAACACGGCCGCCGCCGCGUUGGCCCAGAAGCUGGGCAAGCCAUACGUGACCGCCCUCAUCAAGAACCGUUACGUUCACCGCACCUUCAUUCUCCCCAACCAGGCUAUGCGUCAAAAGAGUAUCCGCCGCAAGCUCUCGCCCAUCGAGUCCGAGUUCGAGGGCAAGAACCUCAUCAUCGUGGACGACAGUCUCGUCCGGGGUACCACAUCGCGACAGAUCGUUCAAAUGGCCCGGGAAUCGGGAGCCAAGCGAGUCGUGUUCGUCUCCAGCUCGCCCGAGUGCACAAACCCGCACAUUUAUGGCAUCGACCUCGCUGAUCCUGCCGACCUGAUCGCGCGCGGCAAGACGCGGCAGGAGAUUGCCGAGCACAUCGACGCCGACGAUGUCAUCUUCCUGGACCUCGAGGGACCGGACGGCCUCAAGGCCGCAUGCCUCGAGGCGGCGGACAGCGGCAGCCAGGUCCGGGACUUCGAGGUGGGCGUCUUCUGCGGCCGCUACGUCACCGACGUGCCGGACGGCUACUUUGACCAGCUGAGCGAUCUGCGCAAGGGAAAGCGCGACGACAACUUCCGGUCUACCGUCGUUGCGUCGGAUAGCGGCGCCGCAAUCUUCGUGUAGAAAUCCCCCGGGUUUGGUUUGUUGGUUCGUAAGGUAAGGCUCGCGCAUAAACUUAGGAUAGACAAAAAAAAAGACAAAGGGUGAUCAGUUACAGUAGUCGUGUGGUUUUCCGAGUUGGCGGUGAUGUGGACGUAGACUUCAGCUGCUUUGCGUGUUGCGCCGUCAGCUGUCUUGUUGUUACAGUACACCGAUCUCUCGGGAUUUCGGCUGGUGCCAUCUUUGGUAUGGCCGAAGCCUGGAGGUAUCCUUUUCAACGUCCUCGUCGGCCACGGAACGAAAGAUGUGCUCACUCAAGUAACGAUAGGCAGCUUGUCUGCGCUCUACGUUGAUGCUUCCAACAGCCGUGAGGGUAGAUAGGCCUGAUGACAGUCUCAUCGGAGGACGGAGAGUCUAUAGUUGUAGCACUUUGAGGAAAGAGGCUCAAAUCUGAAUAGCUGAAUUGGGGGGACCAGUAGGACUGUAGCUGUCUUCAAAGAAAUCU